AUGGGUUCACAACUUGGGCCGGGCAAGCUGAGCGAGGCGCAGUGGGCUGUGGUCCUGCGCAACUGUGCAGUUUUCUACGGCUGGGUCAUUGACCCGCGCACAAAGAACGUCACGAGGGCACCGAAGCCAGCCUUCAAACUGCGGUCCAAGGUGGGUCAGCAGCCGGUGGCCCAGAUUCCUGACUUUGUACCGGCACCGGCUGGAGCCAAGAAGAAGGAGGAGGAGGAGGAGGCGACAGGUCUCACCGUCUCAACUCCCGUCUCUGGAGACGACACAAUGUCUUCUGAUAAGAAAGAGGUCAACCCUACGGACGUCGAACCAGCCUCAAGUACGUCUGUCAAGCCCAUCGUGCCCAAAUCCGAAGACGGUAUCCCCAACUUCCGCGUCAACGACGACUCUCGCAUCGAGGUCACUGCUCACGCCGACGAGCUGUCGGUGGCCAUGGCCCGCAGCGACUUCAGCUCCGAGUCGACCGAGGCCACUUUCAGUGCUGGUGGCUUUGGCGUGUCGGUCGGAGUUAGCGUGGGCUACGCCUCGAGCAAGUCGAGCACGUCCAAGAGCCUCAACUCGAGCAGCAUCCAGACCAUCGUGGCUCGCUACAUGUUUCCCCGCUGCGAUCUGCUGAUGUGGCCCGACGAGAUGGAGCCGACUGCUGAGCUGGCCGAGCUGCUGGAGACGAUCCGCCGAACUAAGAACAUUAAGGCACUGCGCAGGCUACAUGCCGAGUACGGCAACCUGUUUUGCCAGCGCGUGACCCUGGGUGGGCGGCUGCUGUCGACCAAGACGGUACAGACAACCGAGGCUUCCAAGCUGGAGGAGGAGAAGCAGUCAUUCAAGACGUCUGUGGGCGUCACGGUCUCUGGCGGGUUCGGCGGCUUCAGUGCCAGUUCCAGCAUGAAGCAUGAGAAAGAGCAGGGCAGCACCACUUCCAAUCAGUCGACAGCCAAAUCGCAGAGCGAAGCGGUUGUCUUUGAGGCAGUGGGUGGAGAAACCAUAUUGGCAGCCGAGCCCAAGGCUUGGAGCCCGACUGUUGCUGACCACGAACUCUGGCGUAUCAUCAACCGCGAUGGGUUAAGCCCUCUGGUCGAGAUCCUGUCCGGUAUGCCCGGCUACGAAGCAGUACAGUCGUGGUUUGUCCAAGCAGUACCGGCUCUCAGCCGUUAUAUGAUGCUCAACGAAGCACACGAGUGCAAAGCCCGGCUUCGUGUCAUGGCCCCGACCAACAGCAUGAUGCUUCGCAACGAAGGCGGCAGCGCGUCCUUUUACCUGGGCCACGAUCCGGCGGGCACCAUCACGCCUCGGCUGAAUCACGUCUCCACGGUCGAAGGGAACUUCUGGUAUCGCGUGGAUAUGACGGAGGACAUUCCAAUUUUCAACCCGGCGACAUACCGCGCCCCGGCCAUCUUCGGGUACGAAAACUACAACGUUGGGGGUGCCAAGUACGGCUCCGAGUACAGCACGGAGUUUGUCAAGACGGCAUGGGAUAUUGUCGCGCCCUUUGACGAGGAGGUGAGUCAUUGCCCGGCAAAAACCCCACAGGACGCGCCCAAUCCCAACCCCAGCCACAUGGUCGUCUUCCGCAACGCGCAGGGCGAGUUCGUCCCCGGCAUGUCCGACUCGGACGAAUACCAGUACUGGCGCAUCGUGACCUCGCCCACUCCUGGCUCGGCCACUUCAUGGCAGCCGAGGCACAUCAAGCCCGGCGACAGCGUGCGCCUGUGCUGGGACUUCCGCGACCAGACUACCGGCUGGCGCGACUUCACCCAGGACGUGUUCGGCCGUCGGCAGCCCUCGGCGCCCGCAGACUUCCCACAGGGCGGGGGGCCACUAUUCCUCAAGGUCCCCUGGCCGCGCUUCGAGGUCGCUGGCAAGCCCACGGCGCUGAUCAUGUCCCCGGACACGGCGGAGCUGACGUCCAAGCCCGUGACUGUGACGGCCAGUGGCGGGACCACGGCCUAUAGGUAUGCCCUCCAGGAUCUGCAUCUGCGCAUUGACCCGGUGGGUAAUGAUGGCAGAGGUGAUGCCGAUGAUUACCUGUUGAGCAAGGUGACCCAAGAAGGCGUAAACACGAGUUUCAGCGUGAGGGUGACGGGAUAUCCACUGCAAAUGAGGUACAACAUCUUUUGGUUUGGGAUAUACUGA